AUGGCAGAAAAGGAUCUGCCUGCCGAGUUUCCACUUUCAGAUGAUGAUGAAGAUCCAAUUGUGGUGUCAGUGAAUAUGGGCGUGGAUCUGAUGAAUGUGAUCCAAGUGAAGGUGCCCGAGGUGAACGACGCCGAUGGCGCCGUCCCCAGCGCCGUCGUGAGGUUUCUGGUCCCGGAGACCGCGACCGAAGCACGCCGGGAUCCGCCGACACAGAGCGCGUGGCAUCGAUCCACUUCGCGACUCAAGACAACCGCAAUGAGUCUGGUCAACAUCGAAUUUAAGCGCAGCAAUUGGUCGGAACUUGCGCAG